AUGCCUGCACGCUUCACUUCUAGCGCCCCUCCACCAUUUGUACUUGCGGCUAGCAGAGCGCAGUCGUGGGUAGAUGUCCUCCGAGCGUACUCCAAGUGCUGCGGCUAUCUACAUGGAGUGUAUCACCCCACGCCUGUGGAGCUGAAGCACGGUCUCUCGUACAUGCCAGACGCACGGAGUACGUCCUUGUUCUACUAUGGUGUCAUCAAGACACCAAUAACUUCUGUUACUCCGGAGAAGAGUCUCGUCCUUGCGGUACUGAAGCGAUACAAGGACUGUGGAAGCGUUGCCGCGCUUCGGCGCGUUAUUGAGGAAGAUGUGAACAGCUCAACUUUGGAGGGUGCGCGAGCGAAGCUUGCGUUGGCGUCCACUGCUGCACUUUGGGAGGCUGCCCUCGAGACCUUGCUGAGUCACCCGCCGCUGAUUAAAAGCACACUACAGCGCCGCGUCGUGCUCUCGGCCUUAUGCAAGGGCAAUCAGUGGCGCCUGGCUCUCGGUGUGUUGUACAUGGAGCCUAAAGUUGAUCUGCACCCCAUCAUGGUGCGGCCACUUGUUCGCUGCUUCGGCCGCCUGCAGAAUCACCGCUCUGCGUUGCGGCUGACGGCGGCGGCCCUGGCCACCGGAAGCUCGAUGAACAUAGGGCUUCUCUCAGCGCUUUUACCGACACUUCAGGGGACGGGAAAGUGGCAGCUCGCUCUGCAUGCAGCGCAGGAGCUGCACCUACUUUCCGCCACAAGAGCUGAGGCGCGCACCAACCUCUCGAUUUACAAUCAGCUGGUGGAUUGUCUCUACGAAGCUGACGUCUACGCGGCGUUUUCUCUUGACGAUGUCGUGCAACAAACGGUAGAUCGAAUGCGUCCCCGAGCAUCAGAGGAGACACGCAUGGCGACCAGAGCACCGCAGUUUCGAAUGCACUCACCAGUAGAGAUCUUUCAGCAGUUCCAGAGCGUGCUUAUGGCACUGACGUGCGUAUACAGUAAGGCCAUGUGUGCGCCUCGGUGGUAUUCUCGCUCCAUCAGCGGGAUUGUAGACAGUGCCCUGAAGGAGAACACAGUGUUAAUUGUGCUUGACACAAACGUUUUGCUGCACUUAGUGCAGAAGCAAUUACCCCUAGAGCACUUCUACGCAUACAUGAAGCAACUGUAUCCAGAUCUUCAACAGUACAGCUUUGCCACUGUUGUGGUGCCCUUCACUACUGUGUCCGAAGCUUACGCGUAUAUCUGGGGCCCGAAAGAGCACUUCCCCCUCAACGUGCGAAAACUGUUAUGGUCGCGGGCGGUCAGCCUGCUCCAGCAACCGCAUGUGUAUGUCUUGUCCCUUGCGGGGGAGUAUCCGUGUUCCUCCCUGAACAUCAUUCCGCGCCUUGCGUAUCGGACAAUGCCUGACAACGUUGCCGGUGCCUUUCAUCAAGAUCCUGACCUUCGAAUCUUGAGCGUGUGUGCGGCGCUGCAGCAUUACUUCCGGAUCGCGAAGGUCACUGACAAUUUGGGAGGCACAACGAUCCCAAUGGGUGUGGCCCUCUUCUCGCUACUCAAGUACCAUGUUCGGCGCUAUUGCAAGACAGUGAAGGGAUGCUGCGUGGAUCGCUUGCUCCUCUGCACCUUGGACAAGCGCAUGUCACGCGGUGCUGUUCAGAUGGGCAUGCGGGUGUUUCCUUGCUUAUUUCCUUAG